AGAAGAAUAUAUUGCCACUUUCAAGGGAUCUGAAUACUUCUGCUACGACUUGUCUCAAAACCCCAUUCAAAGCAGCAGUGAUGAAAUAACUCUGUCCUUUAAAACCCUUCAGAGGAAUGGACUGAUGCUUCACACCGGGAAAUCGGCUGAUUAUGUCAAUCUUGCCCUGAAAAAUGGAGCUGUCUCUCUGGUCAUUAAUUUGGGAUCAGGGGCCUUUGAAGCACUAGUGGAGCCCGUGAAUGGAAAGUUUAAUGAUAAUGCCUGGCAUGAUGUCAAAGUCACCAGGAAUCUGCGUCAGCACUCAGGCAUUGGACACGCUAUGGUAAACAAACUACAUUGUUCGGUGACAAUAUCAGUGGAUGGGAUUCUUACCACAACGGGCUACACGCAAGAAGAUUAUACCAUGCUGGGGUCUGAUGACUUUUUCUAUGUUGGAGGCAGUCCCAGCACAGCCGACCUUCCAGGGUCACCAGUCAGUAACAACUUUAUGGGCUGUCUCAAAGAGGUUGUAUAUAAAAAUAAUGAUGUGAGGCUGGAAUUAUCUCGACUUGCCAAGCAAGGAGAUCCAAAGAUGAAGAUCCACGGAGUUGUGGCAUUCAAAUGUGAGAAUGUUGCAACUUUAGACCCAAUCACCUUUGAAACCCCAGAGUCUUUCAUCUCUUUGCCAAAAUGGAAUGCAAAGAAAACAGGCUCCAUAUCAUUUGAUUUCCGCACAACAGAGCCAAAUGGCCUCAUCUUAUUUAGCCACGGCAAGCCAAGACAUCAAAAAGAUGCCAAACAUCCACAAAUGAUAAAGGUAGACUUCUUUGCUAUUGAGAUGUUGGAUGGCCACCUCUACCUCCUCCUGGAUAUGGGGUCAGGUACUAUAAAAAUCAAAGCCCUGCUGAAGAAAGUGAAUGAUGGAGAAUGGUAUCAUGUGGACUUUCAGAGAGACGGACGGUCAGGUACCAUUUCUGUCAACACCUUGCGCACGCCCUACACUGCUCCUGGUGAGAGUGAAAUUCUGGACUUGGAUGAUGAGUUGUACCUGGGGGGACUGCCAGAAAAUAAGGCUGGCCUUGUCUUCCCCACCGAGGUGUGGACUGCUCUACUCAACUAUGGCUACGUGGGCUGCAUCAGGGAUUUGUUCAUUGACGGCCAAAGCAAAGAUAUCCGGCAAAUGGCUGAAGUUCAAAGUACUGCUGGAGUGAAGCCCUCCUGCUCAAGGGAAACAGCAAAACCGUGCCUUAGUAACCCUUGCAAAAACAAUGGCAUGUGCAGGGACGGGUGGAACAGAUAUGUCUGUGAUUGUUCGGGAACAGGCUAUCUUGGCAGGUCCUGUGAGAGAGAGGCAACGGUUUUGAGCUAUGAUGGGAGUAUGUUUAUGAAGAUCCAACUCCCAGUGGUGAUGCACACUGAGGCUGAGGACGUGUCCUUACGGUUCCGAUCCCAGCGAGCAUAUGGCAUUCUGAUGGCAACCACUUCCAGAGACUCGGCAGACACCCUCCGCCUAGAGCUAGAUGCAGGGCGUGUGAAACUGACGGUCAAUUUAGAUUGUAUCAGGAUUAACUGUAAUUCCAGCAAAGGUCCCGAGACCCUUUUUGCUGGCUAUAACCUCAAUGAUAACGAAUGGCACACGGUGCGUGUGGUUCGGCGAGGAAAAAGUUUAAAGUUAACAGUGGAUGACCAACAAGCCAUGACAGGUCAAAUGGCAGGGGAUCAUACAAGGCUGGAGUUCCAUAACAUAGAGACUGGCAUCAUCACGGAACGGCGGUAUCUGUCUUCUGUCCCCUCCAACUUCAUUGGACACCUGCAAAGCCUGACGUUUAAUGGAAUGGCAUACAUUGACCUGUGUAAAAAUGGCGACAUAGAUUACUGUGAGCUCAAUGCCAGAUUUGGCUUCAGGAACAUCAUAGCAGACCCUGUCACCUUUAAGACCAAAUCGAGCUAUGUUGCCUUAGCUACAUUGCAAGCCUACACUUCUAUGCAUCUUUUUUUCCAGUUCAAGACGACAUCCCUAGAUGGACUAAUUCUGUAUAACAGUGGAGAUGGAAAUGACUUCAUUGUGGUUGAAUUAGUUAAAGGGUACUUACAUUAUGUGUUUGAUUUGGGAAAUGGUGCUAACCUCAUCAAAGGGAGCUCAAACAAACCUCUCAAUGACAAUCAGUGGCACAACGUGAUGAUAUCAAGGGACACCAGCAAUCUCCACACUGUAAAGAUUGACACAAAAAUCACGACUCAAAUCACCGCUGGAGCCAGGAACUUAGACCUCAAGAGUGACUUAUAUAUAGGUGGAGUAGCUAAAGAAACAUACAAAUCAUUGCCAAAACUUGUCCACGCCAAGGAAGGCUUUCAAGGCUGCCUGGCAUCAGUUGAUUUAAAUGGACGGCUUCCGGACCUCAUCUCAGAUGCUCUUUUCUGCAGUGGACAGAUUGAGAGAGGAUGUGAAGGGCCCAGCACAACCUGCCAAGAAGAUUCAUGUUCCAAUCAAGGUGUGUGCUUGCAGCAAUGGGAUGGCUUCAGCUGUGACUGUAGUAUGACUUCCUUCAGUGGGCCACUCUGCAAUGACCCUGGGACAACGUAUAUCUUUAGCAAAGGUGGCGGACAAAUCACGUACAAGUGGCCUCCUAAUGACCGACCCAGUACACGAGCAGACAGACUGGCUAUAGGGUUUAGCACUGUUCAGAAAGAAGCUGUAUUGGUGCGAGUGGACAGUUCUUCAGGCUUGGGUGACUACCUAGAACUGCAUAUACACCAAGGAAAAAUUGGAGUUAAGUUUAAUGUUGGGACAGAUGACAUCGCCAUUGAAGAAUCUAAUGCAAUCAUUAAUGAUGGGAAAUACCAUGUAGUCCGUUUCACGAGGAGUGGUGGCAAUGCCACUUUACAGGUGGACAGCUGGCCAGUGAUCGAGCGCUACCCUGCAGGAAACAAUGAUAACGAGCGCCUGGCGAUUGCUAGACAGCGAAUUCCAUAUCGACUUGGUCGAGUAGUUGAUGAAUGGCUACUCGACAAAGGGCGUCAGCUCACAAUCUUCAAUAGCCAAGCAACCAUAAUAAUUGGCGGGAAAGAGCAGGGCCAGCCCUUCCAGGGCCAGCUCUCUGGGCUUUACUACAAUGGCUUGAAAGUUCUGAAUAUGGCAGCCGAAAACGAUGCCAACAUCGCCAUAGUGGGAAAUGUGAGACUGGUUGGUGAAGUGCCUUCCUCUAUGACAACUGAGUCGACAGCCACUGCCAUGCAGUCAGAAAUGUCCACAUCAAUUAUGGAGACUACCACAACCCUGGCUACUAGCACAGCCAGAAGAGGAAAGCCCCCUACGAAAGAGCCCAUUAGCCAGACUACAGAUGACAUCCUUGUGGCCUCAGCAGAGUGUCCCAGUGAUGAUGAGGACAUUGACCCCUGUGAGCCGAGCUCAGGUGGGUUAGCCAACCCAACCCGAGCAGGCGGAAGAGAACCAUACCCAGGCUCGGCAGAAGUGAUCCGAGAGUCCAGCAGCACCACGGGCAUGGUCGUUGGGAUAGUAGCCGCUGCAGCCCUGUGCAUCCUUAUCCUCCUCUAUGCCAUGUACAAGUACAGAAACCGAGAUGAAGGCUCAUACCAUGUGGACGAGAGUCGAAACUACAUCAGUAACUCAGCACAGUCCAAUGGGGCUGUUGUAAAGGAGAAACAACCCAGCAGUGCGAAAAGCGCCAACAAAAAUAAGAAAAACAAGGAUAAAGAGUAUUACGUCUGAUCUCAAGAUCUUAAACGGACACUUGUAUAGAAAUAGUCUUCAUUUUAUCUGAGACAUAAUAUAAACUUAUUUACUUUCCUUUUUAUGAAGCACAUACAAAAGAAGACAGGGAAUGCAAUCAGGAAGGAAAGACUUUUUAAAAAAUAAAAACAAGUAUCUCAUGCUCUUGUUUCUCAAAAAAGAAAAAAAAAACAAACAAAAAAACAGGGGCCAAUAAAUUCCCUAACAUCCACAGUGUUUUCAUUUACUCUGCCUGUCUUUAUGUUGCUGGAACAUUUCUAAAAGACAGUGAUGACCGCACGCAUUCGUAAAGCACAGGAGUAUUACAACAUCAAGGCACAACACACACACACAAAAAAACAACACAAAACAUAACACACAAAAAAGAAGCUACCUAUGAUCCUGGAUUUAGCCAAAGUGCUAGCGCUUUCCUGAGAAGUCAGAUAGUCCGAUUGCCAGAGAAGACUGUCAUUUUGAGUGACUCAACCUGCAAACCUUUAAGAGUUUGCUGCCUGGUGCAACUGAAGCAGUGGUUGGAACUUGCAUUUGAAACAAAGUGCUGGCUUUUUUGAAGACUUGUGUAGGAAUACAUUCAAAAAGCCCCUUUCUGGAUGUGAGAGAGAAAAAAAGUAUGGAGGCCUUAUUUUCAAAAAUGUGAAAUAUAAGGCACAUUUUCACACUAAAAUUUCAAAAUAAAAACAAGAGGGCAUAGAUGCAAUCAUUGGGAAAUUUUCAUGCACGCUUACUAUGUUAUUACAUAUGUUUAUAUAAAACCCAUCUCUGUGUGCUUUCUGGACUGUGAUAAGUGACGUUUUAUAGCCUGUUGUAUAGAAAAUGCAAAAUAUAUCUCUGCUCUUCAGCCAUUUUUGGUAAAUUCAAUGUUAUAAGUGUUGCUAAGUAUAGGGAGUUUUAUGACAUCAGAGCAACAGUUAUUUCAGUUGGGAUUUUUUUUUUUGCCACCAUUAUAAAUUGCCACAAUUACUUACUUUUAUAUUAAAAAAAUUACAGUGUAGUGUUUAUUCUAAGAAAGAUAUGUAUGAAUGUAUAUAAAAAGACUCAGCUACUUUUUUUCUUACAUGUACAGCCUUCAUUCUGUUGCAAUUAACUUUUAGUAUUUGUAUGAAAGGUGUGAAUUAGAAGGUAAAAUAUAUACAUAUGUAUCUUAUACUCUUUUCUCCCUGAAAUACUUAUAUUCUCACAUACAUUCACCAUUUGCAAUCACACACACACACACACACACACACACACACACACACACACACACACACACACAAUCCACAGGAAUUCAUCAGGUAUGAUGGAAGACCCAAACAUGCAUAUAGUAGCAAAUAUUUACUGACAAAUUGAAAACAGGAAGGAAGAUAGUUGUGCCAAGGUAUUAAUGACAAAUGGGGUGAUUUGCUUCAUUAAGAUCUUGCUCCCAGGAAACCCCAAGAAGAUUUUAGUCCCUCAUAAAAUGGAACCUUUUCUUAUCAAAUAGAAUAUCACUGAUAUACUGCUGCAUGAAUAUGAACCAUUAUGUGGGCAGGGUAUGGAAGCAAAAUUGAUUAAUCUAUACCUUAACUCUGGCUGCUGCAAUUGAAAACUUCGUUUCUAAUAAAAUUAUAUAUAUAUAUAUAUAUUCUCUGAACCUGAUGUGCAUGAUAAACAUUUUUUGGAAAGUAAACGCUUUCUCAACUAUGAAAGUAUUUUAAAUAAUUUUUGAUUCUGUAUUUCUACCCAUUUAAAAAUCAUUCACUAUCUGCUGAUUAUUGACUAUGUUUUAACUUUUCUGAUUUUGCAUAUAUAUCAUUAUAUAUAGUUUUAGUUUAACAAAUUAAGUAGUAGAAGAGCGUAGAUUACACACUUGUUUUUGCAUAUUGUUUCAAUAAUGCUCAUAGCAAUAAAUUAUUAGUAUGAGAAGGUAAUGCAAAAGAAAUGUGUUAUUAGAUGGCUAGGUGAUACUUCGGUAAAAAGUACUUGGACAUCUAAAAGAAUGGUAUUAGAUUUCACAGAAGAGAAGAAUAUCUUUACAAUUAGCUUUAAUCAGCAAAGGCAAAAAAUGCAAAACAUCUUUUGUGAUACUUUAGUUGAUUUUUUUUAAAAAGCCAGAAGUGGCCUGUAAUUCAGACAUACAGUACCUUAGAAACAUGUAUAAUUCAUAGCAAAUCACCACUAUCUAUGGUUGCCAAGUAAUCGUUCUGUAUGAAGAAUUUUAAAGACUUUUAUAUGACCCAGAAAGUAGAAGGUAUAAAACAGAAAUUUAAUAUUCAUGACUUUUGUUUUAGAUUUUUAUUUGCCAGGUUAAAGAAUUCACAAGUCUUUUUUUAUCCCCUCUCAUUCAGUCUUACUCAGGGAAAGCCAGUGAAAUAAGAAGGGAAGUAUAAAACUACUACUUUACAGCUUGAGGUUAAAAAAAAGAUCAUUGCUUUUCCAUUUGAUCUAUUAGACUUGAACUAGUUUCCAUCUGGAAAGAUUCUAAAAUAUGAUAGAAAAUAAAUUGAAUAAUGGUAUUUUAAGCAGUAUAUCUAUGAAAUAUGUUUUUGGGGAUUGAUUUUAGUGUUUCUUCCCAGCAUAAAUUUUAAAGUGGAAACAACAAUAAAAUCUAAUAUUGCCGGUAAAAAUAUGUCUAAUGUUAUUGGCCUACACAAACUCUAGCAAUUUUUUUUCUGAAUGGAAAAAAGAGAGAGAGAGGAACAUGAGUUAGAGAGAAAAAAAUGACUUGACUAAAAUACCAAGUAUCUUCAUACCAAACAUAUCAGGGUUCCAUGCAUAGUUUGCGGUUAAUAGAGGAUUUCACACUACCUGGCAUAAAUUUGAUUACAUCUCUAAACUGUAAUUUUUCUGAUUGAGUAUGCUUCUUUUUUAUCCAUGUAACGUGUUGCCUUUUUUAAAAGAACAAAUACUACAAUAAAGCGUGAGGUGGUCAAUCCCUAACAUAUCAAAGAAAGGCCACAUGACCCUACCCUUCUAGUGCUUUGUGUGAUUGGGUAUCUAAGGAAUUUUAUUUGUUUUGUUUUGGGGUUUUUUUGUUUGUUUUUCUGUUGCAAGGCCAAUUUAUCCAUUAUUGGAAAUGCUAAGCAAGUGGAAUUUACUGUUUUGUUAAUAAAAUAUUUCUUAAUACAA